CUCAACCAAACAGGGCCUCCGGCCACCUUGUAGUCUUCGUAAAGCGUUCUCUCUCUUUCUUUCUCUCUCUCUCAAUAACUCAGCUUCGGCGAGAGGAUCACAGGAAGAAGAAAUCAGAAGAAACGCCAGCAUUUUGCUCUUUGAAAUUUCUCCAGCUUCGUCAUACGGAUCAGUUCAACAAGAUGAAAGAGAGUAGAGACGGUAACAGGAGUGACAGGAUACCGAAAUCUCAAUCGGUUGAUUCAACACCGCUGGUAUUAGAUGAAGAUCAUUUUAAGGGGGAUUUCUCUUUUGAUGCUUUAUUUGGGAAACUAGUAAAUGAGCUGCUCCCGUAUUAUCAAGACGAGGAAGGCGAUUCGUCGUUGCCUAAUGGGCAUACGAGAAUGGGAUCAGAUUUAGGGAAAUUGACGCCAGGACAACCAAGUCAUUUGUUCCCUGAAGUUGACGCUCUUCUAUCUCUGUUUCAGAAUUCCUCUAAGCAGUUGAUUAAUCUACGGAAGAAGAUUGACGAAAGGCUCUAUAAUCUCAAGAAGGAAGUCGUUGUUCAAGAUUCCAGGCACAGGAAGACGCUUACAGAGCUGGAGAAAGGUGUAGAUGGAUUAUUCAGUAGUUUUGCAAGAUUGGAUACACGUAUAUCAAGUGUUGGACAGACAGCUGCCAAAAUCGGUGAUCAUUUACAGAGUGCUGAUGCUCAGAGAGAAAAUGCCAGCCAAACAAUUGAACUCAUUAAGUACUUGAUGGAGUUCAACAGCAGCCCAGGUGACCUCAUGGAACUUUCGCCCCUGUUCUCGGAUGACAGUCGGGUUGCUGAGGCUGCUUCUGUUGCGCAGAAAUUGAGGUCAUUUGCUGAAGAAGACAUCGGAAGACAAGGAAUAUCUGUAUCAGCUCUUGGAGGAAAUGCUACUGCUAGCAGAGGAUUGGAGGUAGCUGUAGCUAAUCUCCAGGAGUAUUGCAAUGAGUUGGAGAACAGAUUGUUGUCACGAUUUGAUGCAGCAUCACAAAGAAAAGAAUUGUCUACCAUGGCAGAGUGUGCUAAAAUUCUGUCUCAGUUCAACAGGGGUACCAGUGGCAUGCAACAUUAUGUGGCAACACGACCAAUGUUUAUUGAUCUCGAGGUCAUGAAUGCAGACACUAGAUUGGUCCUUGGUGACCAGGGUUCCCUGCCUAAUCCUACCAAUGUUGCACAUGGUCUUUCCUCAUUGUAUAAAGAAAUUACUGUUACUGUACGAAAAGAAGCAGCCACAAUAACUGCUGUUUUUCCUUCCCCCAACGAGGUUAUGUCAAUUUUGGUCCAGAGAGUUUUGGAACAGCGAGUUACAACUCUGCUCGAUAAAUUGCUAACGAAGCCAUCAUUGGUCAACCCUCCUUCUGUGGAAGAUGGUGGACUUCUAUUGUAUCUUAGAAUGCUAGCAGUAGCUUAUGAGAAAACCCAGGAGCUUGCCAGAGACCUACGAGCUGUAGGUUGUGGUGAUUUAGAUGUUGAAGGCUUGACAGAGUCUCUGUUUACUGCACACAAAGAUGAAUAUGUUGAGCAUGAACAAGCCUCUUUGAGACAACUUUAUAAGACAAAGAUGAUGGAGUUACGUGCUGAAGGCCUUCAAUCUAUUGAGUCAUCAACUGGUUCAAUUGGACGGUCAAAGGGCGCCGCAAUAGCUUCUUAUCAGCAGCAGAUAUCUGUCACUGUUGUCACAGAGUUUGUGCGUUGGAAUGAGGAAGCAAUUUCUAGAAGCACUUUGCUUUCAUCACAGCCUGCUACCAUUGCAGCUAAUGUAAAAUCUGUGUUCACAUGCCUUUUGGAUCAAGUUAGCCAGUAUACAACGGAGGGACUUGAACGAGCUAGAGACAGCCUGACUGAAGCUGCUGCAUUGAGAGAGAGAUUUGUUCUGGGAACAGUUGUCAGUAGAAGGGUGGCUUCUGCUGCUGCUUCUGCUGCGGAAGCUGCAGCUGCUGCUGGUGAAAGCAGCUUCAAAUCUUUCAUGGUGGCAGUCCAACGUUGUGCAAGCAGUGUUGCUAUUGUUCAGCAAUUCUUUUCAAAUUCUAUAUCUCGGCUUUUAUUACCUGUGGACGGUGCACACGCUGCUUCUUGUGAAGAGAUGGCAACAGCAAUGUCUACUGCAGAGGGUGCUGCCUACAAAGGGCUUCAACAGUGCAUUGAGACGGUUAUGGCUGAGGUUGAUCGGUUGCUGUCAGCUGAACAAAAAGCGGCUGAUUAUCGGUCGCCUGAUGAUGGCCUUAUUCCCGAUCAUAGGCCAACAAGUGCCUGUAGUAGAGUGGUUGCAUACCUAUCCCGUGUUCUUGAAUCUGCAUUCACUGCUCUGGAAGGCCUUAACAAGCAAGCUUUCUUGACAGAACUAGGAAACCGCUUGCACAAAGGACUGCUACUCCAUUGGCAGAAGUUCACCUUCAAUCCAAGUGGAGGACUGAGACUGAAACGUGACAUAACUGAAUAUGGGGAAUUUGUACGUAGCUUCAACGCUCCUACAGUCGAUGAAAAAUUCGAAUUGUUGGGCAUUAUGGCCAAUGUAUUCAUUGUUGCUCCUGAAAGUCUUUCCUCCUUGUUUGAGGGAACCCCAAGCAUUCGCAAAGAUGCACUAAAGUUUAUUCAGCUCAGAGAAGACUACAAGAGUGCGAAACUGGCGACUAAACUCAGCUCCCUUAUACCAACAUCUGGCUAAGAAUAAUAAUAGUAAAUAAUACAGAAAAUCAUAUUUUCUGUAUUAUUAAGUGUAGUAGUGAUAAUAAUAAUUCUUUGGACCAAUCCUUCCCGAUGCUUCCCAAUUUGUGAAGAGACCCGUCUAGCAUUUCAGCCGAAUGGCAGAUAGUUGUGUGUAACGAACCAUUUGAAGGUACGCUUUUUCGAUUUUCUCUAUUUACAAGACAAUUCCAGCUUCUUUUCUUGUGUAAAUUAUUACUACCUAAGAUGUGCUGUUGAAAUAGCUACAUGUUUAUAUGAGUUUGUUUUUUUGAGAAGAUUUAUGUUUAUUUGCUAGCCCUGACCCAAUAUGAAGUGAACCAACAUGAGAUUUGUAUUCAUUGUUAUUCUA